AUGGAUGCUAUUCAAAUCUAUUCUAUCGCCGCAGGCGGCACACUUUGUAUCUUUGCUCUCGUUAACUUGCUUCCCCUCCUAAUUCCACUUGUUACUCGCGUCUCCAAUUUUGUCUCGAAGCAUUUUAGGUAUCCAUACAUACUUCACAGACACCGAAUCCUAGGGCCGUGGACUCGGGCAGGCGUCGUUAUACAGCUGGCCUACCUCGCAAUAAACCUGUUCUGCGUCUUCGUCGUACUCUCGUGGGACGGCCUUAAGGCCGCCAACUUCUCGGACGCUGGUCGGCGAGCUGGCACUCUCGCAGAGGUCAACAUGAUCCCCCUCCUCGCAGGGCCUCAUUUUGCCUUCCUAGCCGACCUGCUUGGGCUCUCGCUCAAGACCAUCCGUGGCAUCCACCGGUCGGCUGGAUGGAUGACAGCUGCACUCGUUCUUCUCCAUGCCAUGGCAGCGGCGUCCGAUGGGCCUCUCCCAAUCGAUGUUUCCCAGAAUCUGUUUGCAGUUAUUGGAGCGUCGCUGCUUUGCCUACUCCUCGUCCUCUUGCUUCCUCUCUUCCGCAAGCUCUCGUACGAGCUCUUCCUACGAUCACACCAAGCCCUAGCCUUGGCUUCCAUCUACGCGGUGUGGCGACACGUUCCUUCUGACAAGUCUUCCCCGCGCGCCUAUAUCUACAUCACCAUGGGGAUAUUCGCAGCAACAUACCUCCUGCAAACUGGUGCCGUCAUCGUCCGAAACGGGGUCUUUCGCCACCAACUGUCACGCGCCACUAUCACGCACGAUGCAGGUGCGGUCAAGAUGCAGCUACGUCUCUCCAAGCCUCUGACGAUGGAUGCUUCUGUCAGCUUCUGGUCUUUCCUCCAAACUCACCCGUUCACGGUCAUCUCGUGGGACGCAAAGGAUCAGGACAGGCUUGAUCUGCUGAUUGAGCCUCGGAGAGGGCUCACGCGAGAGCUGCUGUACCACGCAAAGAAAGGCUACACCAUCAACCCUCUCGUCGUGUUCAGUGGCCCUCACGGAGCCAGCCUGUCGAUGGGUGAGUACGAGAGCGUCCUAAUGGUGGCGAGCGGCUUCGGCAUCGCUGCCUUCGUACCACACCUGAAGAAGCUAAUCCACGGCUAUAACACUCGCGCGGUCCAAACUCGCCGCAUUCAUCUGGUGUGGCAGAUAAAGAAUGAAGCUGACGGCCUUACGGUUCAGGAACUACUUAACAUUGCGCUGGAGGAGGAUAAAUUGGAUGAUGGCUGUGUAGGUUCAGUUUUAUAUGACACCCUCCAAACUGCAGCUAAUGAUUACCCGGACUAGAUCCUCUCAAUUUCGGUGUAUGUUGAAACUAAGAGCUCGCCUAAAAAGCCAUUUGGCGAACGAGCUACUUUGUAUCCGGGGCCCGCUCCCUUGUCAGAGAUCUUCCUCGCAGAGCUCUCAGGAAAUAAUAUCAAGGUCCACGCAGCGGAAGUCGGUGCUGAAGGGGAGAAGGCUUUGGAACAGAGCGAGUCAAAUCCAGUACGCUGCAGGGUGAUGCGGAAUCCGGGAGUAGGUGGACGGUGGCAGGAGAUGGAAGGAUUCUCGUUGCAGUGUCUGGCUCGGAGGUGACUCGAGAUGAUUUAUGGGCGGUCGUGAGGAAGUAUAUUCGGGUGGGGGUGAGAUUCGUAGAACUAGAUUACCAGCCAGAGUAGACAGGUCACGCUUAGAUAGCUGAGGUUUUUGUAGCGUAUUCGUAGAGCCUCGGAGAGUGCUCCUAGCUGGGUGGCACUCCAAAGGGUACCCUCGCGGGCGAGUGGAACGCCUAGGAUUGUGGUGUCGCAGGGAGGCUCCUCCUGGGACGCUAGUGCCUCGAGGAGGGAGCCCCCAGGAGCACCCACUGCCUAGGCGCAUCCUCUAAGGACCACUAGCGCCCAGGGAGGAUCCGCCUAGGAGGAUCCUCCCAGGC